AUGUCGGACCAGAAGCGGCCAGUGGAAGGCGGAGGACAAUCACAACUCCCAGUCCCGCAGGUAAUGCUUGAUCAAGCACAGGCGGCAGUGGCAGGGGAACACGACACCAGCGGAACGAGCGAAGCAGAGAGACGGCACAUGGGAGAGGAUGUGAGCUUACCUCAACUGCAGCCCACAAAUACCACACAGACAGAGGAGGAUAUACCUCCACCGCCGUAUGGAGAGGCAUAUGGAGAACUACGCCAGGAACAAGAUGGAUUUGGUACAUCRGCCAGCGUUGGAGAUGAUGGACGAGUCAACAUUCGAAUCGACCAGAGCACGCAGCGUCUAUCACAGUUGCUGGUGCCUAGCCUGAAGCAAUUGCAAGAAGCAGCAGCGUAUGAUGGACCGCCACCGCCUGCGUACAUCCCGCCAUCGCUGGGUGGUGAAGAGGGUGUGGCUCCACCACCUCCGAUGAACGUUGUCAUCCAGGUCGUUGGAUCGAGAGGUGACGUGCAGCCCUUUGUAGCUCUCGGAAAGGUGUUGAAAGAUACCUACGGCCAUCGCGUCAGACUGGCAACACAUCCCAACUUUAACGAAUUCGUCACGGAGAAUGGACUGGAGUUCUUUAACAUUGGAGGAGAUCCACAAGCUUUGAUGGCUUUCAUGGUAAAAAAUCCAGGACUGAUGCCAGGAUUCGAUGCUCUCCGAGCUGGUGAUGUAGGCUCACGGCGGAAGGAAGUCAACGAAUACCUUCAGGGCUGCUGGCGAUCGUGUUUCGAGACUGGAAAUGGUACGGGUAUGGCUGCAACUGACACGAGCAUCGAAGACUGGACGACCCAGGGUCCUGGACAGCGAGACCACCUCCACAAGCCAUUCGUUGCRGACUGCAUCAUCGCAAACCCUCCCAGCUUUGCCCAUAUCCAUUGCGCGGAAAAGCUGGGCAUUCCUUUGCACAUCAUGUUCACCAUGCCUUACUCACCCACACAAGCAUUUCCUCACCCUCUGGCCAACAUCCAAUCAUCGAAUGCGGAUGCCAAUCUAACCAACUACAUAUCCUAUGUACUGAUUGACAUGCUCACCUGGCAAGGUCUCGGAGACAUCAUCAAUCGAUGGCGCCAGAGAAGUCUUGGGCUGGAGCAGAUCAGUCUGACCGGAGGUCCUGGAAUGCUGCAGCGAUGCAAGAUUCCGCACACUUACUGCUGGUCACCGGCACUCAUUUCGAAGCCCAAUGAUUGGGGUGCAAACAUCAACAUAUCUGGAUUCUUCUUCCUGGAUCUGGCAUCAAAUUACACUCCUGAACCUGAUUUGAAGGCAUUUUUGGACGCCGGCCCGCCCCCGGUCUAUAUUGGAUUUGGGUCUAUUGUGCUGGACGAUCCCACCGCAAUGACUAAGCUCAUAUUCGAUGCGGUGAAGCAGAGCGGACAGCGAGCUCUUGUUUCCAAAGGAUGGGGCGGUGUUGGAGCCGAUGAGCUUGGGAAGCCCGAAGACGUCUUCAUGCUUGGAAAUGUUCCUCAUGACUGGCUGUUCAAGCACGUUUCCUGCGUCGUCCACCACGGGGGCGCAGGCACAACUGCAGCUGGUAUAACAGCCGGUAGACCGACUCUCGUCGUGCCGUUCUUURGCGAUCAACCCUUUUGGGGUGCCAUGGUCGCCAGAGCCGGAGCCGGUCCUGACCCUAUCCCGAACAAAGAGUUGACGGCCGAGAAUCUUGCUGAGGGCAUCAAAAAAUGUCUGGAGCCAAAAACUCUUGAGCAAGCUGCUGAGAUGGCUGCAAGCAUUGCAACUGAGCGAGGAAGCGAUCUCGGCGCGCAAAGUUUCCAUCAAUUCCUUGAUGUGGACAAAAUGAGAUGUUCUCUUGCGCCUUCACGACCAGCUGUCUGGACGAUCAAGCGCACUCAAGCCCGACUCAGUGCCAUGGCAGCAUGCACUCUAUCUCAAGAAGGACUACUCGAUUUCAACACGCUCAAGCUUUUCCGCCCCAGAGAUUACGAAGUCGAUGAUGGCCCUUGGGAUCCAAUCACUGGCGGUGCAUCUGCGUUGGUAGGAACCAUGAGCGGCAUGAUGUUGAGUGUUGCAGAUCUUCCUGUACCGACGCUGAAGGCGCUGAAAAUUCACCCGGAUGCUCAGAAGGCCUCAAAAGCGAAGAAGGCUGCGAACAAAGACGCCUCUGGAGGUUCCUUGAAAUCUCGCAGCACAGGGCUGUCAGAAGGUGAAUCUCCAUCGAUGACCCCUCGUACAAUGAGCGAUGCGACAUUGCCAGGCGGCGACAAGACCGCGUCGCCUGCAUCGAGCCGAACGGGAUCAACCUUUAAUCUGCAGGAUUCGCUCUCCAAACUCAAUGCUGGGCCACUCUCCCCAAAGUCCGAGAGCUCGCCCUCUACUAGCCAGGGCGGAAGCCAGCCACCAUCCAAGAAGGGCWCCUUCAACGGGAAGCAGAUGUUUGAAACAGCGUCAGACACUUCUCAGGGUGUUAGUCGAAUCAUCGGUGCUGGACUAAAGUCACCGAUGGACUUUACACUUGGCCUCGCAAAAGGCUUCCACAACGCCCCGAAGCUCUAUGGCGACGACACCGUGCGCAAGGGAGAGAAGGUGACUGACCUCAGAYCUGGUAUCAAGGCGGCUACCAAAGAGUUUGGCUUUGGUAUGUACGACGGAAUCUCAGGUCUUGUCACACAACCCAUGAAGGGAGCGCAGAAGGAGGGAGCUGCAGGUUUCUUCAAAGGAAUCGGCAAGGGUAUCGGAGGGGUCGUUCUCAAGCCUGGUGCGGCCAUUUAUGGUAUUCCAGGAUACACCAUGCAAGGAGUAUACAAGGAAAUCCAGAAGCAAUUCGGGUCGACGGUGCAAAACUACAUCAUAUCUGCGCGAACAGCCCAGGGAUUUGACGAGUAUCAAAAGUCCAGUCUGGAGGAGCGCCAAGAUAUCAUUAUGCGGUGGACUGUGCUGCAGAACAAUAUGAAGAAGAAGCGCAAUCCAGAUGAGAUGGUCAGGGAGAUUCUCGCAGAGCAGAUGCGGAAGAAGGAAGCGUGGCUAGGCUCGAGGAAGGCGAGAGAUGAGAAGGCUCCUAUCAAAGGUGGCGCUUCCGGUGUCACUGUGGAUGUUGCAGGACGUCCCCAGAACACGACGCCUGGGCAAGUUCACAUCUCCCUUGACGCUGAGACCGCRGAUCAACUGGCGAUUAAUGAAGCCAUCAGGCAGUCUGUGCAACAAACAUCUGAGGGAGAUGCYGCAAGGGACGCAGAGGUAGAGCAAGCCAUCAUCGCAAGCAUGGCUGAAGUGCAGCGGAACCGGGCAGCUCGUGGAGAUCACAUGGACGAUCCCGAGAUGAAGCAGGCCAUGGAGCAGAGUGCUGCCGAUGCCGAACGUCAUGAACACGAGAGGAAGCUUUACGAUUCCGAGCUCGAGCGUGCCCUCGCGCAUAGUCUGCGGGAGCAACGAGGUUGGGAUGAUGCUAGCGAGGUUGAAAACAGCCCCCCAAUGUCUCUACAGACGCUACCCGAUCAGCCAGAUCAGCCUCCUGCUUAUGAUCCUGGUCAUCUUGCGGGUACAACGCAGGAGGAGUUUGAAAGUCAACAGGGCGCUGGGGAGAAGACACAGCAGGAGAAGACCGAAGAGGAAAUCGUGAUGGAGUAUGUUAAGAAACAGAGUCUUUUGGAGCAGGCGAGUAGGCAAAAGGUUAGUGCUGGAAGAGCGCCGCCAGCUGACGAGGACGAUGAUGAGGAGUUGCAACAAGCGUUGAAGAUUUCGAUGCAGGAUAACUCUGGCGCGAAGUAG